AUGAUCUCCGUACGAUCAAUCGUGUUGGCCGUGCUGUUCGUCGCAUUUUUGAUUUGUGCAGUUGACGCAAAGUAUUUGCUGCCAUACGAUCACGAAUACUAUCAGGGAGAUUAUCGCCCGGAAUCAUUUGGCGACUUCGUUGCUGCACAUAAGCGUGUGCCGUCAGCUGGCGAUAUGAUGGUGCGAUUCGGUAAAAGUGUCCCGUUUCCGGGUAAUUACGGUAGCGUAGCUGAUCCAACCGUUACUGCUGCUCAGCCAUGCACUGUUCCACUUUAUUAUCAAGACUCCGUCUACGCCAAGUCGUCUGCAUCGUCAUGUAGCAAGUCGGAGUCUGAUGUCUCUUCAGAUGAGGCUUACAAGAGAAAACGCGAAAAACGUGAUCGGAACAACGAAGCCGCCCGAACGUCACGUUUGCGAAGGAAAGCUCGCGAAAGUCAGAUGCAGAAAGAAGCCGAGGAGCUACAGCAAGAGAACGAUGCACUGAAGGGGGAAGUCGGCGAGUUGAAGAAGGUACUGUACAGCCUGCAAGAUGAAGUGAGGAAUCGAUUGAACGUCGUCGACAUUGAAAAUUCGGAGAAUGUCGUACAGUUCCAGAAUAUCGGCUACUCGUUUCACAACGAGAACCUUUAA